AGGAGGAGGAGUUAGAAGGAGGCGUUUCUUGGGGAUGUGCUGAUGGACGCGCUUGCGUACAUGCAUAGGGGUCACAGAGAUCGGCUUCAGCCGUUUUCUUGACGCUUUCGUUUGCUUGCAUCUCCCUCGGGCUCCUGCAUGGCGGACAUGAGUCAAGGGUGAGCACACAGGAUGAAACGGGAACCGCCAGCAUGUCACAAUCUGCAGACGUGACGUAUGUUGGUGUUUCAGGGUCCCCCCCGGCUCCUCGGCGCCUCCGCCUACCGCUGCUGCGGGCGGCGCCACUCAGCCGCCAGCGAGCAGUGUACACGCGGUUCCACCGUUGCCGGGUCGGCCAAUGAAUGCAUCCACACAUGCAUGAACGCAUGCAUGGAACGCAUGGCUCCCUCCUUCCUCCUAUUCCCUCAGGUCCGUUUCCACCUCAAGUGUGCGGAGGUAUGCCUCCUCCGCCAGACCAUGACGCCGGUCCCUCACUGGCAGCCAAGCGGCCCAAAUCGAAGGCCAAGAGCAAGGCCAAGCGCAAGUCGGCUGCCACCAGCAAGAAGAGGGCCGGUGCGGCGGGCAGACAGGCGGCCGUUAUGCCGCCUGUUGCUGGCGGUGAUAUGUGGAAUAGUGCUGGUGUUGGGCCUCCUGCUGGCGCGGCUGAGGUUGUGCCUCCUAUGUCGUUGGCCAUGGGGGUGCCCGUUCCCAUGGGCGGAGUGGCGAUGGGAGGGGUGCCUACGGGGGCCAGUCAGCCCAUUGGUACGGGACGAAUAAAAGGCGAUGAGGGCGGCAUAUGUGUGUGCCAUUCUUCUGUCUGCGUGCAGGCGAGCCUUCAUCGUCAGCUUAUGAGGCAGCAGGCAGCCCCCCUGCUGUGGCCGGCGGGGGCCUUCGGAUGCCCAUGUUCCUCCCCUCCAGCCCUCCCGCCCAUCCCCACCUGCAAUUCCCCUCCUAUCGCGGCCCUCCCCCGUCCUUCCCCCCACACAUGCCGCCACACAGGUUUCCCCCACCCACUCUGCUGCGGGGCCGCUUCCCAGCGGCAGCAAUGUCAUAUCCGCCCGGCCCGCCCCCUCCCUAUUUCUUCCCACCGAGGGCCAUGGUGGUCGACACGCGGCCGGCAGCACCGAUAGCACCACCGGCAGCCAAUGUGAAGAUGGAGCAGGCGGCGAGUAGUGCUGUCGCUGGGGAGCAGCCCGCCGACAAUAAAGUGUCGGCUGCUGCUGCUGCUGCUGGUGGUGGGGAGAAGCCGACUUUGCCGGACUAUAACGGUGGACUGGUCAGUGAAAUCCACAGAUGGAUGGAUGGAUGACACGUAUGUAUAUGUGGGUGGUUGUGGCUGGUGUGUCCUUGUGUGUGUUCAGUCGUUGCCGCCCCCACUGAAUGCGUCCGAGCGGAUCCGGGAGCUCCACGAAGCACUCAUGAAGAAGGCAAGUCCAUGCUGCACACGACGCACCGACCGACCGUCUUGACUGACGUUCACAUCAGCAUGGGUAUGUGUCUGCUUUCAACGUCAGGACGCGGAGGGCAGCGAUUCGUAUCUGCAGGCGCUCGAGAGGCUGCCGGGUGUCAUUCGGCUGCAGAAGGCCAACGAACUGGAACUACUCGCAUACCGACUGCAAGUUGAAGCUAGUGAGUCAGCCGACCGAGUACCAAUUGUCACACACACAGACACACACACCUUCUUCGCUGUCGUGUUUCAGACGACGAGAUGGCUCGCGGGAAACGCCUUCGCAUUCUGCACACCGACACGGACAAUGACGAGAGGCCCGAGGGGCGAGGGGCGAAGCGGACUAUUGGGGAGAGGGACAGAUGAGGGCUGCUGGCUUGGUGAGUGAGAGGAGGAGGGUCGGCUCAGACACUGUAGACGGUGUAGCUCAUGUGUUGGCGAUGAGACGAGAUGAGAUGGUCGGGGGACACAGUGUAUGGUGUGGUGAAUAUAUAAGUGGUGGACAAUCUUCCUUGGAUGCGCGUGAAUGCGUAAUGAUGGGAAGGACGCUGUCGUCUUUUCUGCCUUG